AUUGUAAAACAUCUGACGGGUUCCGCACCCGCAACAGCAUCACGACGCGUGAACUUGCACAACACCGCCUUUACAUAAAACCUAACCCUAGCAAUAAAAUCCCAAUAUAAAUUUUCCCCUCUUCACGUCAGUCCCCAACCCCUCUUCCCGGCCGCGCCACCCAAAGGCUGCAACCAUGCAGAUCUUCGUGAAAACCCUAACGGGUAAGACCAUAACCUUGGAGGUCGAAUCCUCCGACACCAUCGACAAUGUGAAGGCCAAGAUCCAAGACAAGGAAGGCAUCCCACCGGACCAGCAACGCCUCAUCUUCGCCGGGAAGCAGCUCGAAGACGGCCGAACACUAGCGGACUACAAUAUCCAAAAGGAAUCCACCCUCCAUCUGGUCCUCCGCCUCCGCGGAGGCGCCAAGAAGAGAAAGAAGAAGACUUAUACGAAGCCCAAGAAGAUCAAGCACAAGAAGAAGAAGGUGAAGCUCGCUGUGCUCCAGUUUUAUAAGGUGGAUGAUUCUGGAAAAGUGCAGAGACUGAGGAAAGAGUGCCCUAAUGCGGAGUGUGGAGCUGGCACGUUUAUGGCUAAUCAUUUUGACAGACAUUACUGUGGCAAGUGCGGCUUGACUUAUGUUUACCAGAAGGCUGGUGGUGAUUAGCUUUUUCUCUGGGAUUUUCUUGUAAUUGUUACGAGAUUUUACAUUUGAUGUUUUGGUUUUAGUUUUAAUAGUACUUUUUGUUUAAUUUAGUUCCUUGAAACGGAUGGUAAUGGUUGGAAAUUUGAAUUUUUAGAUGCUUGAUUAGAUAUUGAUAUAUGUCAAUUUUCUGUUAAUGUGGUUCCUUCAUCUUGUUUCUUUGAUUAUUCUUCUAAUUCUUUGUGUGUUUGGAAUGGUGAUUGUAACGAUUUCUUUGGUUAACUUUUAAAUGU